GGUGGACGGGUGCGGCGCGGGCGUCCCCGCCCCAAAGAGGCGAUGCAGGACGUCGAAGCGUUCCCGAAAGUGGUGUCUCUGGAGCUUUUGGACAAGGAGGGCACCUGGGGAAGCUUGCGUGAGAUCUCCGCGGAGCUCAAGGCAUUGUCCAACCUGGACAUCCACGUAUUUCCCCGGCGGGGAUGGAUGGAAGCUCUCAUUACAAUGGGAGAUUACGAAUUAGGCAGCGAUUCGGUCGCGGACUUCUCUUACCUGAAGGCAGAGUCAAUGAACCUGCUAUCUUCCUCCACGGUGUACAAAAUGUUCCAGGCUGCGAACGCGAAGGCCCGUUUAUCAAAUCUGAAAAAGAACACGGGCCUCAGGGUCGAGGAUCGUUUGGCCCGCGUCCAAGACCUCCUGAAGAAGGCGCCCGAGGAUCCCGAUCUCCUCUUCGCGAAAGUGAUGUUGAGCCAGACCCUGGGCUCCAGCGAGAAGGUAGGGUACCUCUUGGAAAAGCCUGGACGGUUUGAUAUGCUGAAGGAAUGGCUUCCAGAUUCCACCCUGCGCUUCGUAGAGCACCUGGUGUCCCCGAAGGCGUGCCGUUCGUCCGAGGACUUUGCCGCCGGCGUGGAACUACUCGUCAAUUCGGACUGCUUGAAAAAGAUUUCGGCGGGGGUGGUUAGGUCCAUCUGCGUCGACUACGUCAGCAUGAAGAAAGUGGAGCACGAGGAAUCGCAAAAAUUCGCCAUUGCGCUCGUGCAGGAAAUGGCACAUCAGAAGCUGAACGUCCCGCACAAGAAGGAGCCGUUUCCGGACCUGUCCGCCACGAAGCACAAAACGGACGUGGCCGUCCUGAGCGCCAGCGCCUUGCGGAGGGGGGGCGCGGUUAAGGAGCUUCCCGCCCACGUCCGCCUGGCAGCCCUGGCGCAGGAAGUCAAGAAGGCCGAGGAGGAAGAGAAGCAGGCGGAGGCGAAAAAGAAACAGGAGCAGGAGGAGGCGCAGAAGAAGGAGGAGGCCAGGAGGAGGAAGGCGGAGAAGGACGAAGCGUCGAAGAACGAGGACGAGCCCGCGAACAAGAAGCUGAAGACUGGCGAGGGGCCGCAGGAGGAGAAGGAGGGGGGCGCGGACCAAGGGACCGCCGCAGGAGGACAGGCGCCACAGGUGGAGGAGAAGAAGGACAAGGACGGGAAAGAGGAGGAGAAGAACCAGGAGCCGGGCCACGUCGAGGGGCCGAAGAAGGGGGAGCCGGCAGGAGGCGAGGACAGCAGCGGGGCGGCGAAGGGGGAGAAGGGCGAGGGGUCGAAGGGCGCCGCGAGCGCCUCCGCCGCGGCAGAGACCGCGGGCGAGGCGGACGGCACGGGCAAGAGCCUGAAGGAGGGCCAGCGGGUGGAGGUGCACUUCAGCCCCACGGGCAAGGAUUGGGCCCUGGACGGGACCAAAGGGGUCAUCAUGAGAAAACGGGGCAGGGACGUGUUGGUGAAGCUGGACGGGAACGAUGGCCCCCCGUUCCAGCGGCCAUUCAGCAUGGUGGUGCCGUUGUCUUCCCCGGGGGCGGCCGCGGCUGGCGCGGCGAGCAAGCCGGAGGAGAAAAAACAGAAGUGCAGCCUGCAGGACCUCUUCGGGUCGGCCAAGGUGAACAAGGCUUUGGACCCCUGA